CUUUCUUUCUUUCUUUCUUAUCUUUGAUAGAUUCCAGCGACCGUCCACGCCCUUCCAUGUCAUGUUAUCUCCAAUUCCUUAAUGUUCUGCUCAGUACAAUACAAUGCCAUUCUCUUCUCGUUUGGGAACAAAGGCAUAUACAGAUUUGUAUCGCAAACUGUCCAAGCGAUGAAAUUUCCUAACAGCAAACACGAGUCAUUAAAACUCGUUUUUGUUUCUUUUCUUCAUUUACUACGGCUUAUUUUAAGCAUUGUCAGUUGUACAACAGUCACAGGCUUUUCCAAUCAGUUAUUAGUAACGAAUCUAUCGCACAAAUCACAUCAACACGACCACAAACCCAAUUUUGUGAAAUAUCAAUGGUGCGCUCAUGUGAGCGCACUGCUCCAUCUGUUCUUCAAAUGGAGUGAUUUAGAAACGGUUCCCAGUCGUAAAGCAACAAAGCAGUGCUCCGCAGUUCCAAAACGUUGCAUUUGUUUAAUAGGAUUUAAACAAUUUUCGCGUACUUUACUGAUUGAUGAAGGGCGGCUAAGCUCAAUCUGAAGGGUCACUAACCUCUUAUUGUAGACAAAAGGUAUUUUGCCGUCCACUGAUUUACAUGUCUAGUAAUUACCUCUUGACGUGCUCUGUAAAGUCGGCAGGAAAAUUGAAAAGCUCGGUUCAACAGCAAACAAAGUGUAGUGGAGCAUGCGAGUGAUAUCGUCCUUGUUUACGCAAUUAUUAUCGAUGAAAACCGCCGCAAACAAUUACGCAGACAAUUACCUAGCAGCUGGUUCAUGGUUGAACUGGCAACAGACAAAAAUUUAAACGAACAGCGCAUUUUCGCAGAUCAGAGCAAUCGCUCAAGUGCCACUAUUCAUCAGUGGUGAAAUUUUCUUUUGGAAUGCUUCGAAGACGAGGUUCUGCCCCAGCCGUCGUAUUACAACAACAUUUCGAGGAAUCAAGAGGGGUCGUCUCGAGAGCGGACCGCAUCAUCCUUCCUUUAGAAACGCAAAAAUUGUCCAAGGCUAAACGGGGUAAGAAGGAUUUCGCGGAACGGAGUUACAGCCCUCCACCACUAGUGCUGUCAUGUCCGGACAGAAAGACGAACGAAGCGCGCUACAGUGGUGACUAUGACAGCGCAUCACCCAGAUGUCCGAGUCCACCUGGAUCGCCAAGCUCACCAGUGUUAAGCAAGAAACCAUUGAAAUAUCGACCAAGGAGAAGAGAGAGCGAACCUUUUGUGGGCCAGCCACCCGCGUCACUGAAUUCGCGCAACACGACAUCGAGUACGUUACAUAGGAGAAGCACUUCGUUUAGAGAUUAUAACAUUGUUCUUCUCGGACAAGGAGGUGUUGGGAAAUCGGCAUUGUUAGUGCGAUUUACAACCGGACGAUUUAUCCACGAAUACGACCCCACCCUUGAAAUGACCUACGAUAUGUGUGCUGAAAUAGAUGAGGAUCCGGCUAUUUUACACAUCACUGACACCGCAAGCACGCAUGAACCAGUGUAUCUGAGCCAAAAUGAGGGCUUCAUCGUCGUUUACUCCAUAGACGAACCGAGAUCUUUUCAAACCGCCACGCAACUUAUCAAGCUCAUCCGGGAACUGAAGAAGCAGCGAGGUCAACAAACUGCCAUUGUUCUAGUUGGAAACAAAGUAGACCUGAGCCACUCUCGGUCGGUGUCCAAACAGGAAGCUUUAGAGUUUGCUUCGGAAUACGAAUGUUUCUUCCACGAGGCUUCAGCUGCUAACGAUAUAAACGUGAAAGUUGCUUUCCACGACGCCGUCAGGCAGUUGCGGAUGAUUCAGUUGAACAAGAAGGCAAAUGGACCGAUGAAUUCGAUCAAGAACUUCUUCUCGCGCUGAGAAAACUACGAUGAAGAGUCAUUAUUUUCUGGGGGAAAUUCAAGCUGUAAAAAAAAUUAGGACGAGAGGAAAGAGGCUCUUUUGACUAUGUUGUGCUGCUUUCCUUCAGUAAAUUCGCCUGCUUUCUAAGGAACAGUCUUAAUUCAUCCCCUGGGUGGGGGAAAGUCGGAGGAUUUUGGGGGAGGGGAGGGAAACAGUCGUCGCUUAUAGAGUAUAAAGUGGGGACUGUAGAAAACUUACAGUCAAAUUCCCUUGGGGAAUCAGUUAACUUUCAUUGUCACACAACCAAAAUCCUCCAAAUUCCCCCACCCCUCAGGAAUAAUGAAGACCGGUCCCUAAAUUAGUCUCGAUGCUUCGUCUUGAAAAGUUCCCUAAAGUACAGAUGCUGGAAGGGCGAAGCAAAGGUCCAUCCAAAAUGGAUGCUUUUGCAGAAGAAUAAUUACUGUCUCGGUUGUUUUAAACUGGCUACAAAGCUAUUGCCUUCCCAAAUGCGCUAUGCUCCCAUCCUGAAGACAUCCUAAAGCGUUACUCAUAGACAUAGAAUAGCGUUUUCAUACAUUCAGGUAUGGAGGACCAAAAUGGUAUGAUUCUUUUCUCUGUGUGAGGAAAAUUCAUUCCAAAAAUCUUUGAUUAGGCUUAUAAAGUUAGUCGUACCAUGAUUUUAAGGUAUGGACUCAGAAUUCUCUCACUCACUCAUUCACGCACUUAGUCCAUUCUGAUCUGUUAGACAUUUAAUUUAUGAAUUAAACGUGGGUCAAACGCGUUA